AUGGAUUUUAUGUACGAAGGUCGUAAUGCAGGGGUCUUACUUCACUUAACUUCGCUGCCUAGCAAAUGUGGCAUAGUCGGGGAUUUUGGGGAAAGUGCUGAACCGUUUUUAGAGUACCUUAAGGAAGCUGGGUUUUCCUAUUGGCAAGUGCUCCCUGUCGGGCCUUGCACUUAUUCUGAGUCCCAACCCGGUUGCCCAUACUUGAGCACAAGUUCGUUUGCACUGAACCCCUUGCUCGUUUGUCCUGUUGGUUUAAUAUCUCUUGGACUUGUGACCGAAGAAGAAGUAAGUCAGUUGGUCGCCAAAUGGCAGGCAAAGCAACAAGAGAGGAGAGCCCUUAAUAGAGAAUGCUCCUCUCAUGAUACGGUUGAGUAUGGUGACUUCGUUGACUACCAUGCAGCCAAGGGCUACAAGGAUGAAUUGCUUGCCGCUGCAUACAAUGCAUUUAUUAAAAAAGCUCCUACAGAGGAAUACGACGAAUUUUGCAAAGCCAACAAAUUUUGGCUAGAUGGUUAUGUGCUAUUUGAAGCCAUACAAGCAAGGCAUCCCGAUGCCGCCUCGUGGCUCGAGUGGCCAGAGGAAUAUAGGUCAUACAGAAAUCUCGUAAAGAACGAAUCAUUACUACAGGGCCUUGAGAUGCUUAAAGAAGAGCAAAACAUCACUGACAAGAACAUUACAGGGCCAGUUGAGCAGCUUCUACCGCAAUUUCACCGUUUCGUGCAGUUUAUACUUUCCCAACAGUGGAGCCAGCUGCGCCGUCAGGCCAAUACAAAGGGGAUCAAAAUCCUGGGCGACAUAGCUUUUUAUGUCAAUAUGCAUUCUAGCGAUGCCUGGAGUAACUCGGAGAUGUUUCAGAUGGACACUGCUACCAACAAGCCCCUCUACGUUUCUGGCGUUCCUCCAGAUUAUUUUAGCGCCGAAGGGCAACUUUGGGGGCAUCCGGUUUAUGCAUGGGAUGCACAUGAACGCACGAAUUUUAGCUGGUGGACUCGCCGUUUGGCUAAGAGUUUCGAGAAAUUCGAUGCAUGUCGACUUGAUCAUUUUCGUGGAUUCGAGUCAUACUGGAGGGUACCGUACGAGUUUGCUAUACAGCAUAAAAGCGCCAGAGAUGGAGAAUGGGUACAGGGGCCUGGAACAAAGUUGUUCGAUGCAAUAUUCAAGAACAUGGGCUGGGAGAAUCCUAGGGUAAAUGUUGCCACAGCCUACUCGGAAGCAUUGUCGAAACACAGAAAGCAGCCAACGGUAAAGGAACGGCUUGCCAACAUUAUCAGCAAGCACGUCACUGCAAAGUCGAAACCGCUGAAGAAGACCUCUGGAGCCCCACACUCGUUUGGAACGCAAGGAGGAGGCGAUACUUCGAGCCCCGCACCCUUACUGAUAGCAGAAGAUCUGGGUUUUAUCACUCCUGAGAUCGUUGCUCUUAGGGAUAAGUACAGUAUCUUUAGCAUGCGCGUCAUGCAGUUCGCCUGGGCAGAUAAAGAAAAGGGCUUGCGCUGUGAACAUCUUCCGUACAAUCACACAAGGGACUGUGUUGUAUACACCGGGUUAAGAGAAGAGCCGCCAAGCUUUGCAGCUCACAGGCGCCUAGCCCACUUGGCGCUUCUUAGCGUGGCGAACCUCGUUAUCCUACCAGUCCAAGAUAUAUUGGGCUUAGACGAUAGAGCUAGGUUUAACCUUCCCGGCGUCGAUAGCCCCAAAAACUGGAGUUGGAAACUCAGCAGUCUGGGGCCUCUGUAUUCGCCAGAAAACCUGAACCCGCUCCGCGAACUGCUCAUUCUAUCAAAUAGAUCUAGUUCCUCCGAAUAG